UAAAAUGUCAAUCAACUUAACCUAACUUUUUCAAAAUUUAAAAAUAUCAACAGAAUUUGUAAAAUAAAAAUUUAACUAUUAAUAAAAAUUAUCCCAAAAUGCAAAUGCCAAAGUAUUGCCCAAACUGUGAAAAACCAUUAGAAUUGAAACUAAUUAAUUUGGAAUCUGCUAUUUUAUUAUGCACAAACUUGAAAUGCCCUUAUCCAGUGGAAGUAAUUUUCACUUUAUUGCUUCCUGUUUUUUCUGGAGCGGCAUCAGGAAUCAACAAUUUGGCAACAGAUUUGGAAAAUUGGAUGUCCAACCUUCCAGAAUCACUCAGGAAUAUGCCUAUAAACCAUUUGGCUAUUCCAGGUUCACAUGACAGUUUUACCAAUGACAUUACAAGCAAAUCCGAUGUAUCUCCAGACGGCGAAGACAUACUUAAAAAAUUACAGUUUUCAAGCAUUGUUAAGCUUGUAAUGGCAAAUUGGUCUGUUACUCAAGCUUACAAUGUUUUGGAACAGUUGCAAGCUGGUAUAAGAUAUUUUGAUUUAAGAAUCUGUAAGAAUUAUGACAAUAAUAAGUUACGAUUUUGUCAUGGAAUGUAUUCGACUAAAGUAACAAGCGUUAUGCAAGAUAUAUUAGUUUUUUUGAAUGGGCACCCUAAAGAGGUUGUUAUAUUAGACUGCCAACAUUUUUAUAAUUUCACUGACACCAUCCAUUUAGAACUCAUCCAUUAUUUCUACGAUACUUUUGGAGAAAAAUUAAUACCUUACCAAUCAAACAUGGAUUUCCUAACUUUGGCUAAUUUGACAAACCAAAGAAAACAAGUUUUAUUAGUUUACAGAAACUCAAAUCAAAAUGACCAUCAAGCUUUAUUAUGGCCAGAUGAGAGCUUUCCUACACCCUGGUACAAUACAAUGAAUUCUAAAUAUUUAAUUUCCAGCUUGGAGGAAGGGCUUGCAUCCCGAACAUCUAACACUGGUUAUAUAAGUCAGUUGAUUUUAACACCAAAUGCUGAUAAUAUUUUGUUGAAUCUUUUAACUAGUUUAAAACAAAAAUGUGCAAUUGAAUUCCAAUCAACAAGGUCUCAGUGGAUUUCAAAUCAAACUCCUGCUGGUAAAAACGGUGUUAACGUUAUUAUAGGAGAUUUUGUUGAUUUGGGUAGGGACGCUUUUACUAAAGCUGUGAUUAAUUUGAAUUUGAAAUUACUGGAGACUGACACGAGUGCUGGUCAUAGAGCAUCUUUUGAAUUCAAUAUUUUCAGAUUUGUAAUACCAAAAAUUGCAAAAUUGUUUUCAAUCUGA